ACACAAACCAAACACUCAGAAAAGACAGAAGCUAACAAAGAAAAAACUUGAACACUAAAUGUGCACGACACAUGUUUCUUCAUCUGUUUACUUCCUGCCCAAUUCUUCAUCACAUCAUUCAUAUCUAACACUCUUGUUCUCAACUUCAUUUAACUAACUGGAGUUUAUUAUUACAUGUUAAUUUAGAAUCUCCUCACACCCACUUCUCUUUAAUCUCUUUCUUCAGCUGUUGCACAUUAGAUGGCGGCAAUACUGGCUUCACAUAGCUGCUAUUGCCGAAAUGUGGAAUUAUCGAAUCAAGGGAAAACACUUGACGGCCUUAAUUUCUCGAGCUCGGUUUCACUAAAUCAAAUCAUAAGAAUUGAGAAGACCAAGACUGGGAAACUUUUUAGGGUGCAUAUUGAAGCACGGCAGGCUGAAUUGCCAAAUAAAUAUGGUGAAAAUGGUAAACCCGUUAAAAUGGUGCCAACAAGUGAGAUAAUGAAGAGAAAUCCAGCAUUAGUUAACAAUCCAGAGACUGUAGAUGGUUCACAACGGGUUGUGAAUGGAUCAAAACCAGCUGUCAAUGGCUCAAAGCAGGCUUUAAAUGGUUCAAAACAGGUUUUUAUCAGAGAAAGCAAUGUUAAUGGAUUUCCCUCUGGCUUAAUGAAGUCCCCCAACAUUAAAAAAUCUGACGAGUUGCCCCCAAUCGAAGAGCUGAAAGUCUUGCCCUCAGAUGAAAGCUUUAGUUGGGCCAAUGAAAACUAUAACUCUGUGCAAAGAAGUAUAGAUGUGUGGUCUUUUAUUCUUUCUCUGCGUGUCCGUAUUCUGCUGGACAAUGCAAAAUGGGCAUAUGUAGGAGGCAUCACAGAAGAUAAGCAGGCAAGUAGGAGACGGAAAACAGCCUCAUGGUUACGGGAACGUGUGCUACAACUUGGUCCGACUUUUAUCAAACUUGGUCAGUUAUCUUCAACAAGGUCUGAUCUAUUUCCAAGUGAGUUUGUGGACGAGCUUGCAAAGUUGCAGGAUAGGGUACCUGCUUUCUCACCAAAGAAAGCAAGAGACUUUAUCAAAGCAGAAUUAGGGGCUCCAGUUGAAAUACUGUACAAGGAAUUUGAAGAUCAGCCAAUUGCAGCUGCUAGUCUUGGUCAGGUUCAUCGGGCUAUCCUGCACAAUGGAGAAAAGGUAGUGGUGAAGGUACAAAGACCUGGACUGAAGAAAUUGUUUGACAUUGAUUUACAAAAUUUGAAGCUGGUUGCAGAGUACUUCCAGAAAAGUGAAACUCUCGGUGGUCCAACACGGGAUUGGAUGGGAAUAUAUGAGGAAUGCUCUAAGAUUUUAUACGAGGAAAUUGAUUACAUAAAUGAAGGCAAAAAUGCUGAUAGAUUCAGACGGGAUUUUCGAAAUGUCAAGUGGGUUCGGGUGCCUAUGGUUUUCUGGGAUUAUACUGCGAUGAAGGUGCUAACACUUGAAUACGUUCCAGGUGUCAAAAUAAAUAAUCUAGAUCUGGUAGAUGCACGAGGAUACAGUCGAUCUCGAGUUUCAUCGCGUGCUAUUGAAGCAUACUUAAUACAGAUACUGAGAACUGGAUUCUUCCAUGCCGAUCCUCACCCGGGGAAUCUAGCUAUUGAUUUGGAUGAAUCACUUAUUUAUUAUGAUUUCGGUAUGAUGGGGGAAAUUAAGUCCUUUACGCGUGAGAGAUUGCUAGACCUUUUCUAUGCCAUUUAUGAAAAAGAUGCAAAUAAGGUCAUAAAAACUCUAAUAGAUCUUGAAGCACUACAACCCACAGGUGACUUGUCGCCGGUAAGGAGAUCUGUGCAGUUUUUCUUGGAUAAUUUGUUAAGUCAGACGCCAGAUCAGCAAAAGACUUUUUCUGCAAUAGGAGAGGAUUUAUUUGCAAUAGCCGCUGAUCAGCCAUUUCGCUUUCCAGCUACGUUUACCUUUGUGAUCAGGGCAUUUUCAACACUUGAAGGUAUUGGGAAGACCCUUGAUCCAGAUUUUUCCUUUGUGAAGAUUGCUGCACCUUAUGCUCAGGAGCUGUUGGAUAUUAAACAAAGCCAGCGCAGUGGAACACAGCUGGUAGCAGAAAUAAGGAAACAGGCUAAUGAUGCUAGGACAUCCACUGUGUCCAUGCCUUACAGAGUUCAGCGAAUAGAAGAGUUUGUGAACCAGCUUGAUGCAGGAGAUGUGAAACUUCGAGUGAGAGUCCUGGAGUCGGAGAGAGCAGCACAGAAGGCGACAAUACUACAAAUGGCAACACUGUAUACAGUUUUAGGGGGCACCCUCCUAAACCUCGGGGUCACACUCAGUAGUCAAGGGAAUCUAGCUAUAGCAAACGGAUCUUAUGUUGGUGCAGGUGUGUUCCUAGUUCUACUUGUUCGAUCAAUGCAAAGGGUAAAGAAGCUUGAUAAGUUUGAGAAAAUGAUAUGAUAUUAGGAAAGCACUAGGUGAUAUUCGAAAAUCUCACUCCCUAAAUCUCUGUUUAUAGAACAUCUAUAUUCUUUUAGUCAUAGGAAACACAGUUGGUAUACAAGCUAUGGUGCUAGUUCUCGUUAACGUCCCCCAUGUGCUGGACGGUAAUAUGUAUAGAGACGAGAAAGCAUGAAUAGCCAAAAUUUAGUUUUAUUUGUACUUGGCCAAAAUUUAUUAUAUACACAUAUAAAUAAAAAUACUUGAUACUUACGUGGAA